AUGGCAAGUGUGGGCGUGGACGCGAGCGUGACCGUGAACUGUGUCGGCGUGAGGAGCUUCGCGGGCACUGGCCCUUGGGUCUACGACAGUACGACCACGCGCACCGACGGCUCGAUCCAGGAAGUGGUCUUCUCCAGGAACGCGGCCUGGUGGGGCCAGCACGGCGGCGUGGAGGAGCUGCGCGUGGUGAACUACAACACGAGCGAGUUGAUCAAGCAGGCGCUGAUCGACGGGAGCCUGGACGUAGCGGUGGGCGACAAGGUGCUGACCCCACAGCAGGUGCAUGAAUUUCAGAACGAUCACUCCGAGACCCACGCCACAAUCAUGGGCCCACGCUUGUUCAACCAGAUCGUCGUCAUGAACGCAGCGAAGGCGCCCACAGACGACAUCGAGGUGCGGAGGCUGAUCAUGCACUCCGUCGACAAGGCCGCCAUCGUGCAGAAGGAGAUGUACGGGCAGGCCGCCGUCGCCGACUCGUUGUUCCCUCGCGACGCCCCUUAUUGCGACAUCGACCUCACGCCUCGCUGGGACUACGACUUCGAGAAGGCCACGCUGAUGAACUGCCCCGACAUUCUGGUGUCAGACGAGGACGAGGUCGACGAGGGUCUGGUCCUAGGCCUGUUGCUGGGCAUCGGGCUCCCUGUGCUUGCUGGCAUCGCUGGCGUUGUGUGUUUCUUUCUGGGAAAGAGCUUGGGCUACAAGAAGUUCACCGAGGAGAAUGAUCAGCGGGUUAGGGCAGGCCCGCCAGCCGUAGUCGGUGUGGCCGAAGAAAGCGGUAACACUGUUGAGGCUGACAUGUAG